AUGACCAACCCACAAGACAAUCCUGGAACUCCUCCACCAUCCACUCCCUCUAAUUCAUCUACACCUCCUCCACCUAGUACAUCUCCCAAACCCAGGCUGAAAAGGGUGAAAAUAUUUGCUCGAAAAACAAUAGCAUCUGGGGCUCUCAGAAAGAAAUUAAAUGAGAAAUUAAAGGCAAGCCAGGCCCAAGACUAUGACUCCAACUCUGAUUCUAAGUCAUACAAAUCCGCUAGUGAGGGGGAAGGAUUUGGGUCUUCUGACUCUGAAAAGACUCAAGACUCCCCUUCUAAGGUGAUUUCUUCUAUAUCUGAAAAUCUAGAAACUAGGUUUGUUCUGGUUGGGUCUAUUAAGGAUGUAGAAUUACCUGAGUUACGAAGGAGUGGAGAAAGGGUAGAAGAGAGUGGCAAGAAGUCAGGGGGAAGUGGUUCUGGUGAAGCUGCUGAGGGGCUGGUUAAUCUAAGCACACAGGGAGAUGAACCUAGUUCAUCUACUAAAGAGACCCUAACAAACCUGCUGAAAAAGGUUGGGGCAAGCUAUUAUCCAAAGAAACAAAGAACUCCCACACCGAAGGACCCCAGUGUUCCUAAACCCUCCAAGAAAAGAAAGUCUCCAUCCCCAACAACUACUGAAUUUUCAUUGCCAAAGGGUAGGGCUACAAGAAGCAGGGUGAAGUAG